AUGGCAAACAUCAACAGACCCAGUCACCAACAACCACCAUCAUCUUUGUUGGCUCAUCCAACAUUAUAUCACAUUCAGCAACAGCAAGAAAGUCAUCGUUUCAAGGACUCAACCACGAUGAGCUAUGGCGACACAACAAUGCUGGAACAACACCAACACAUGUUUUUCCCGCAGCAACAGCCUCAUCAUCCACAACAAGAAAGCUCUCCAAAUCUUUCGGAUCUUGACUGCUCCGAGUUUACCACAACAUCCUCGGUGUCUGGUAUGCCCGCAGCCGAUCUUUUACUCCAAUCGCCACCUUCAGCUGCUCAAAUGUCCUCAUCCAAUGAAGAUUACUUGUACAACCAUGACGGCAUGACACCUGUUACUACUGCCAAGCAUCAGCAUCAGCACCAGCCUUAUCAGCAAGACCCCUACGUCAUGCUGCCUAAUGGUAGUGGUAGCCCAUACUACUAUGGCAGUAAUAGCAACAAUAGACCAACAGCCCCUGCAUUUGCCAUGAGUGCCCCUAGCGGCAAUACAUCCAUGCAUCAUCAUCAUUACCACCACCACCAUCAGCCUUCUUUGGUUGGAAGUCUUGGCGAUACAACAACAACGACACAGGGCGCAGCUACUACUACUAUGGGUGCCACUGCGGCAGACCGCAGUAUCAAAGAUCCUUAUGAAGAUGAUAUUGCUGCCCAAGCAAACUUGCAAGCCAUCAUGGAAAAACGUCGUCGUCGACGAGAGUCGCACAAUGCUGUUGAACGCCGUCGAAGGGACAACAUUAAUGAACGCAUCCAAGAACUUGGCACAUUAUUACCCGAGGAAUUCACCAUGGAAGAAGGUGGCAUGGCUCGACUCAAUAAGGGCACUAUCUUGCGUAAAAGUGUAGACCAUAUCAAGAUGCUUCAACAAGAGCUCUCUAAUUACCAACAACGGGUGCGUGACCUCGAAGCAACUCUGGAGCAACUUAACAAGGGGAUGUAA